UACCAUACCUGUCUAUUAAGGAACCGCCUUGUGUGUGUGUGUGUGUGUAUGCUUCUUCACCUUUUCCUGUUAUAUCAAGAGAGAUUUUUGCAUCUCAUCAAUCUGAAAACUUUACUAGCUAGUGUCGCUUUUAAUGACGAAAACUAGUGCUUAUUCAAAUACAUCACCCAAUUGUCAAGAUUCAGAAUCAUCAUUUUCAGGUCAAUAUAAUGUUAAUGGAUCAGCCAUGCAAGCAAUCAAGAAGAGUAAAAGAGCAGCACUUCUUCAUUCACAUAAAAAGAGGAGAGAUAAUAAAAUCAAGAAAAGGCUUUGGGCACUGCGAAACCUCAUACCGAAUUGCACCCAGAUGGAUAAAGAAUCUGUCCUUGAUGAAGCUAUUGUGUACCUAAAAUGCCUUCAGCUUCAGUUACAGAUUAUGCCAACUUAUGCUGGAUUAUGUGUUCCACCAGCACCCAUCACUUAUCCUCCUCACUUAUACGGUUUACCUCUUACCGGAUUAACUGGAUAUCGAACCGGCCUUGAGAUGCCAAAACCACAACCACCAUGAAGAUCUUGACCUCAAUUCUUGUCUUCCCAAAUGAAGUUACUCUAGCAAUAGAUUUAUCAGUCCUUUGCUUGUUAGUUUGUGUUGACUUAAAAGCUCAUGUGUUUUGGAAAUGAUUAUCUUCACUCAAGAAGAGUAAAAAAAAUUCUAACUUCAUACGCUA